UCUCCACUUCCCCAUCUCACAUACACAACAACAAACCACAAAAUUACAUCUUAUCCAAUUUUCUCUCUCCUACUAUUUAUCUCUCUUCAUCUUCAAAUUCAAAACUCAAAAUUUCCAAAAAAACAUAUCAGAAAUUCAAAAAAAUGGUUGAUUUCGAUUGCAAAACAAAAAUGGUUCAAUCAACACCAAAUCUCACAAAAAAAACCCCAAAACGCAUCACUUCAACGCCGGUAAUUUCACCGGUACCGGUAAUCGCCGGUGAAUUAUCACCGGCAUCGGAAUCUUCAUGUUUAGCAUACGAAUCAUAUCUCCGGUUACCGGAGCUCCGAGAAUUAUGGAGUUCAAAAGAAUUUCCAGGGUGGAAAAACGAGUCAAUAAUUAAACCGGCUUUACAAGCUUUAGAAAUAACUUUCCGGUUUAUUUCAAUUAUUUUAUCCGACGCUAGACCGUACGUGAACCGGCGUGAAUGGAAUCGUCGAUUGGAGUCAUUAACUCGAGAUCAGGUCGAGUUAAUCUCGAUAUUGUGCGAAGAUGAUGAAACAUCUGGUUCUGCUCCAAUAAUGGAUCUGACGUCAUCUUUCGGUGAAGUGAUGUCACAAACUGGAAGUUUUACAACAGAAGUAUGGAAACAUGAAACUACUUCGGUAGUAUGUCGUAGUAGUGAAUUUAGUCUACUUCCUCGACUUGCCACGUGGCAUAAAUCAGAUGAGAUUUCUUCUAGAAUAUUCUACGCGGUUGAGAGCGCUAUGAAGAGAUGUCCAUAUAGUUUGGGCUUAGGUGAGCCCAAUUUAGAUGGAAAGCCCAAUUUGGAUUACGACGUCGUUUGUCGUCCUACUGAAAUCCACGCGCUUAAAAAAGGCACGUUGGAUUAUAUUCAAAAUCCAGAGAAUCAGAUUUUAUUCACAAUUCAUCAGAUUUUCGAGUCGUGGGUUUUUUGCGCGAAACAAUUGUUGAUUCGUGUAGGAGAGAGAAUCAACAAAGAAGAAUUCAACAAAGUUGCAGAUGAUUGUUGGGUUUUAACAAGAAUCUGGAACAUUCUAGAAGAAAUCGAGAAUUUACAUUUAUUAAUGGAUCCAGAUGAUUUUCUACAUUUGAAAACUCAAUUACGGAUGAAAACGACGUCGGAUUCUGAAACAUUUUGUUUCAGAUCAAGAGGUUUAAUUGAAAUUACAAAAUUAAGUAAAGAUUUACGUCACAAAGUUCCAGAAAUUCUAGCCGUUGAAGUGGACCCCAUGGGUGGACCAGUAAUACAAGAAUCAGCAAUGGAGUUAUAUAGAGAGAAGAGAAAGUUCGAGAAGAUUCAUGUUUUGCAAGCAUUUCAAGGUGUUGAAUCUGCUGUGAAAGGUUUUUUUUAUAAUUAUAAACAAUUGUUGGUGAUUAUGAUGGGAAGUUUAGAAGCUAAGGCUAAUUUUGCUGUAAUUGGUGGUGGUUCUGAAUCGUCUGAUUUAUUGGCUCAGAUCUUUCUAGAACCUACUUAUUAUCCUAGCUUAGAUGGUGCCAAGACUUUUAUUGGUGAUUUUUGGGAUCAUGAUCACACGGUUGUGAGUGGGUGUGAUAGGAAAAAUCGGGUUGCGAAAAAUUGAUCAUUGAUAAAAAAAGCGAAGGUAUACUUGACCGUCCUCCUUAACCAAGUCUGGUUUCGCUCUUGGGUGAUGGUGGUGGUGUCGUUGGUGAGACGUGGGUUACUUUGAUUACUUGUUACAAUGUGAUGAUAUAUUUAGUGGAAUACUAUUGCUUUGUGUAUAUAAAGGUCAAAUUUUGGAUUAAUUUGUUACAUUUUGUAUUAGUAAAAAAUCUUGUAUUAUUUUGAUGAGUAUAACAUGAUUUUUUUUUGUUACCAAUUUUUAAUCAAAUUCAUGCUCUUUGUUUUA